AUGUCAAUAAAGAGAUCAGGAAUUUCCCGAGACGAAUCACUCAGAGCUUUUUGCUUACUCCCCCACACUCUGUGAAUGAACAAUAUUUUGAUCGGGGUUAAUUAUUUUUUAAACAAUUAGCAUUUUUAAAUAAAAAAUUAUAUAUUGAAUUAAAUUUUUCAUAAUUUUUUUUUAAAAUUUAAAACAUUACCGAUUCGCAAAAUUUUAAAGCAAAUAUUAGUUUAAUUUGUAAAAUUUAUACUUUAAAAAUCAAGCUGUUUAAAAUUAAAUUAGCUAGAGAUUUCAUUAUAAUAAUUAUCACUUAUAUCAAUAUUUUCUAUUAAAAAAUUUUUAGUUCGCACAAGUGGAAAUAAAAAUUUUUUCAAUGGUUUUGUUCGCUCACUGAAGGGGGGUUAAUAAACUAUUUAAUAGAACAACCUGAAAGUCUGGAAUUUCAAAAUCCGGUCGACUAUAAAGCCCUCAGAUUAGAAGACUAUCCAGCUAUAAUCAGAAAUCCAAUGGAUCUUAAUACAAUCAAAAAGAAACUUAAACUGUCACAAUAUCAAGGAUUAAGCGAGGUUUUAGCAGAUUUAUCAUUGAUAUGAAAUAACUGCAGAACUUAUAACACAAGCGAUACAUUUGUAUAUUGCCAGGCAGAAGUGAUGGAAAGACACAUGACUCGUUACUGCAAUCAGCAUGGCAUUCCCUAUGAUUUUUCUAUAAAAAGGCCUACCAUCGACUCAGAGGCAAAAGUUUCUGAUCUUCAAGAAAAAAUUGACUUGAGUAUGAGAAUUAAAUAUGUAAACCACAAAACCCUGGCUCAGAUUGUAGAACUGAUAGAAAAAGAAUGCCCACAUAUAAUCCAAAGACUUGCAGAAGAAAAAAUUCAGCUUCGGUUUGAUGCCAUUGAUAAAAUUACUUUAAGGAAAAUAGCAAAGUAAUUUUACACCCUAUUAAAAAUAAAAAAAAAAAUCCUAAUGGUGACUGUUAUUAUUUAUUGUAAUUUGGUAUAAAUUAGAUUGACAUACGAAGAAAUAGGAGAAGAAGAAAAUUGCUCUGGGCCUAUAAAGAAAUUAAAAACAAACUAA